UGGAACCGAUUAACCAUGGGAACAUGCGUUAGCAAAUGCUAUUCAUCUGAUCCUUUCAUCCAUUUAGAUUCCGAUCAACUUAAUGACGAACUUGUUGUCUCUGAAACCUCUCCUCCUCUGCCACCAACCUCCUCUGUAUCUUCUUCUUCUGCAGCUUCUGUUUCGUCUCCUAACCCUAGCACUCAUGCGGCAUUCUCGUCUUCUUCUUCCUCUUCGUCUUCUCCGUCUUUCGCCUCCUCCUCCUCUUCCUCUUCCUCUUGGUUCCCAGGUAUUUUCCGGUCUCGUUCGGGGAAGUCCGGCUCCGCCGGCGGGGGUUCUCUGCCAGUCAUGGCGUCCGCCGAUGGGAUGCCGGGGAGUCGCAAAAACCAGCUCCGUGGCUAUCUGUUUAAGUAUGGAUCUAAGUCUAUUCAGGUUGCAUUCAAAACUGGUGAAUUCAACCAGCAAGUCAUUUUUAUUGGUGGAUUGACAGAUGGAUUGUUAGCAACUGAGUAUUUGGAACCUUUAUCAAUUGCUUUGGAAAAUGAAAAAUGGUCUCUGGUGCAACCUUUGCUCUCUUCCUCUUAUCUCGGAUAUGGUACUUCUAGCUUAGAUCAAGAUGCAGUAGAGCUGGAUCAGUUAAUUGGCCACUUGAUUAAUAAGGAAAAUUCUGAAGGUGUUGUGCUACUUGGGCAUAGUACUGGUUGCCAGGAUAUAGUGCAUUAUUUAAGGACAAAUUCUGCAUUCUCCAAAGCUGUUCGGGGAGUGAUUUUGCAGGCCCCAGUAAGUGACAGAGAAUAUCGAGCCACUCUACCUGAAACUGCUGAAAUGAUAGAUUUGGCUGCAAAAAUGAUUGGCGAAGGUAGGGCAAUGGAUUUAAUGCCAAGGGAAGCAAAUCCAGAUGCCCCCAUAACUGCGUACAGGUAUCACUCUCUUUGUGCAUACACGGGCGAUGAUGACAUGUUCAGUUCUGAUCUUAGCGAUGAUCAACUGAGAUUGAGACUUGGACACUUGUCAAAUACACCUUGCCAGGUUAUUUUCUCCAUGGCAGACGAAUAUGUGCCUGACUAUGUUGAUAAGAAGGCAUUGGUGGAACGACUUUGUCGAGCAAUGGGCGGUGCUGAAAAGGUGGAAAUAGAAUGGGGAAAUCAUUCUCUGUCGAAUAGGGUUCAAGAGGCAGUCGAAGCCAUCAUGGAUUUUGUUAAGAGGGAGGGACCAAAAGGAUGGGAUGAUCCAUGGAGCUAGCAUUCUCUCCUUUUUUAUUGUUCCACCCCAAUCUCUUGCCGUUCCCCCAAUUUUUUUUUUAUAAUUCACUCUUUUGUUUUAAUUACAAUUUAUGAUUAUCAAAAUCGCUCAGGAACUUGUCUCAAUUAUUGUGAAUAUAUUUUUAUUACUGCUUGUAUUUGGUUGUCAAUGCCCCUUGCUUUUAAUGAUAAGCACAUUUUAGAGUGUUGAUUGUU